AUGUGCUUAGUAAAUAUUGUUAAAAUGAGCAACAUGAAAGGCACCCUUUUCAUUUUGUUUCUCUUCUCGGUCCUACUUGCCAUCUCAGAAGUGAAGAGCGAGAAGACAGUGAGGCUUUGUGGCCUCGAGUAUGUGAGGACAAUCAUCUAUAUCUGCGCGAGUUCCAGGUGGAGAAGACACCUGGAGGAGCCCCCUCAAGGGAGACAAGCAGAGAGAAGAGAUGUCUUUCAGCUGGGAACUAGACAUGAAGCCUCAGGAGAAGACAUAGCAUAUAAUCUUCCCAAGGAGGCUAUCUCAGGAGAGAAGUAUACCCAUGACAGACAGAUAACCCCGGAAGAGCUGUGGGAGUCAAAGAAGCAUUCCGUGAUGUCAAGACAAGAUUUACAAACUCUCUGCUGCACUGAAGGCUGCACCAUGAUGGAUCUGAGCACCCUUUGUUAAGACCAGAGCAAAUACCAACCAGUGGCAGAGCUUUAGCAUAUGUUUAAUCACAGUGCCUCACACAUUCUGACACCUACAUUCUAUCACUAAAGGAUGGCAGUUUUUCCCUCUAAAACUGUGGAUCAGUGGCUAAAACCACAGUGAAGUUUUAGCUCUGUUUUUCCUUGGUGAAUGAUUUUUGCUUUUCAAAUUUUAAUGC